GGGGUCUAUAAAAAGCCGCCGUGAGACCGGGCCACCGUCGUGUCGGAGCCGGCGGGGGAGGCUGCGCCGGGGCGGGCAGCGGUACCAUGAUCAACCCCAACUACUACCCGUGGGGCUACGACGGCGACAACGGACCGGAUCACUGGCACAAAAAUUACCCAAUUGCCAAAGGGCGCCAUCAGUCACCUAUUGAAAUUAAUAACAAAGACGUGCAUUAUGAUCGUUCCCUACUACCAUGGUUUGCUAGUUACGAUCCUGGUGCAGCUAAGACCAUCCUCAAUAAUGGGAAGACCUGCAGAGUUGUAUUUGAUGAUUCUUUCGAUAGAUCAGUGCUGAGAGGUGGCCCACUUCAAGGAGUCUACAGGCUUCGUCAACUUCACUUUCACUGGGGUUCAUCUGAUGACCAUGGCUCUGAGCAUGUUGUGAAUGGAGUGAGAUAUGCAGGAGAGCUGCAUUUGUUACACUGGAAUCCCAAAUACAGUAAUUACCUUGAUGCUGUGAGAAGAAUUGAUGGAAUAGCUGUUCUGGCCAUAUUUUUGCAAGUGGGGAAAACUCCCAAACCAGAGAUGAAGAGAAUUCUUGAAGAAAUAAAUGCUAUCAAAACAAAGACAGGCAGAAUUUCCAUAAAAAAGGAGGCCAGAAGGAAGAUUAUUUCUGCACAGAAAUUCGUAAGCACAUUUGUACUGGUUGCUGCUUCACGUGAGUUAGCUCAGGGAAAAGAAGUUCCUUUUCCAAACUUCGAUCCUUCCAUUCUUUUCCCUAAAUCUCAUGACUACUGGACAUACCACGGGUCUUUCACUACUCCACCUUGCGAAGAGUGCAUCACCUGGAUUAUUCUUAGAGAGCCGAUCACAGUUAGCUCAGACCAGAUGGCGAAGCUCCGCAGCCUAUCUAAGAAUGCUGAGAAUGAACCUGAUCUCCCCUUGGUUGACAACUGGCGCCCGACUCAGCCUCGGUAUUUCAGGAUGGUGAGCGCAUCAUUCCUCUAGGACAUGGCUCAGGCUGGCUUGAAUGAGGCGACCUCUGGAAUUAAGAGAUGGUUUUGUUUUGUGGCCUUUGUUGCAUUUAGACAGAACUCCAGCUGUAGGUCCAGAGACUGAAACGUUAAGUAGUGAAAUGUGACUUUCACUUUUAGAGGAUAACAUUUACUUAGGCAAAUCCUGUCAUUAAAAUAGAAGUACGGAAUCUGUUUGGCUUUUCAUAACUGCUUUAACGUUAGCUUUUGUUAAUAGCACAAAUGAAGGAAGAAGAUGCUACUAACAACUAAAAACCUGUUUCCUAUUGCCCACAUCUCUUGAUACUUGCUUUAUUCCAUGCUAAAGAGGUUGCAGUUAAGAAGAGUAAUUGUUUUCAGCAUAAAACCAUGUUUUUCAGUAGUUGUUCUCAGCAUUAUCCAUAUCCUGAUGUGAGCUGCACCAGUUAAUGUGCAAGGCAUGUUUGGAGAGCACUCUUUUGGUAUUUGAUAGUCGCAUAAAAUAAUGAAAGGAUAUAAAAUUGCUUCAUUACCAUUGAUAAAAAAAUAAGCUUUUAACUUCUUAAUGGACUGCUGAAGCAGAGGCCUAUUCUGAAAAUUACUUUCACUGAUUUGUAUGUAGUUAAAACUAUGGAACAGAAGAAAAGCUCUUUCUGUUUGUGUCACAACUGAUUGUCCAUAUUAAGACUGAUUUUCAUUUUAAUGUUGUAGCAAGAUAAGUGACAUGGAUUUUGAGAACUUGGUUUUCAUAUCCUUAAUAUAUAUUUUCUCCAUGCAUGCAAGUUUCUUUUCUAUGUAAAAAGGGUGUGAAGACAUCAAAAGUUCUUAAACUUUUUGGGUUUUUUUUUUUUUUUGAGGCAGAGUCUCACUUUAUGUACAAAUAUGAUCGAUCCUGUUGUCCAUGAGAUUUGUGCAUAAAUAUGUGAAACCACCGUUUGAUUCCCCUGAUCGAAAUGCAGUUGACCAGGGUUUUUUUAAUCCCUUGUUUUGGCACAAAGAACAGCAAACA